AUGCCCGUCGACCCCUGCUCAGCAAGCGACUGCACUAAACCCGGCACUCUCACCUGCGACUGCCAAAGGAAAGACUGGCUAUCACACAAGCACACCUGUGCCGGAGCCCAAAAGCAAAACUGCUUCUUUAUUCGCGCCACGGCCCCCAAUGGAAGCACCAACUCCGCCGAUCGCAUCGAGCGGUUGCCCCUCCGCGCGUAUGGCAACUGGGGCGCAGAAAUGAAGGAGCUAGAACAACGACUUGGGUGGCCUCGGGCUGACGAGGCGGGUAAAUUUUACUUGCACCAGGAAAAGGAGGAUCAUUGGUACUACUAUACGUAUUGCUCUUCGGCGAAAAAUCUACCCUUCGUGGAGAUGUCGCGGUUGUCAGAUCAGGUCUGGAGGGGUACACUCCCUGUGAAGAGGUCUUUUUCGAGAUGGGAUCUUGUGAAGACUGUGAAGUACUACGAAACUGCCAAUUCGAAUCAGGUCUUUGAUCAGCGGGAGAAGAAGCGGUUUGGGAGUCGGCAGGGUUUCCCGCCUGGUUUCUUGGACGGCGUGCCCAACAUUACCAUCUAG